AUGCAGAGCUUGAAGCUCUUGGCGCUCUUAGCGGUCCUGGUGCCCAUGGCAGAGGCCUACUGCAACCUGAAGACCUACCAUUCAUACUUGAAGAAGCAAGAGAUCACAUGCGGGAGCUCGAAGUCGACCUAUUGCGACAAAGAAUGCAAGAAGUCUAUCACGAGCUGGGUGAUGUACUCUGACGGAUGCGUGGCUCCCAACGAGAACUCCCUGCCCCAUCCAUUCUUAGACGAUAACGGUAUCAAUCCUGUUUACCAGAAGGACAUGCACGAGAUGAAGGUGAGGUACAAGCACUACUGUGGCAAGCCAUGGUCAGCUGGGGCCCAGCUCUCUCCUCUCAGCAAGUUCGUCAGUCUUGUUGUGGGAGCUGCUGUCGUGGUCUUUUCCUACCGCAUGUAA